AGCUUUAGAAACCGCUAUUUUUUUCUCUUUCUGACCAAUCUUGCUGCUAUUCCCAUGGCGGUCUUCGCUUCGAACAAUGGACGCCCGUAGUCUACUUUACAGCAAUCAACAAGCGAAAAUUUUCGAAUUGUGAUUUGUUCAAUCUCCGUAAUCACUUCAAUCCAAGCUUCUUCUCUAAUGGACGAUGACGACUUCUCUGACUACAAGCUCUGCGGUUUCUUGUGUGUGGUUCUUGCCGUUCCUUCGCCGUUGUCCGAACUGGCGGAUGCUCUACGUCCAGGUACGCGUUGUUAUGUCUCUGUUGAGAGUUCUGAUGUUUGUUUUACUUCCGAAUAUGGCGUCGUGCUUACUCCGAUUGAAGCAAACCCCAAACCGCUCUCCAAGGCCGGUGUUUCGCCUCAAGAUUCUGAGCAAUGUAGGGGGACGGUAGGUGGAGAGGGAACUAGUACGGUGGAGAAUGGUGAUUUAACUUUGAAGCGGAAGAUGUCUGCGAGAGGACGUAGGACCUCGGGGAAAAAGAGGACGAAUAGGAUGGGGCUGGUUCAUGGCAGCAUGAGCGUUGUGCAUCAAAUUCACGCUCUGGUAGUGCACAAGUGCUUGAAGAUUGACGCGCAGGUGAUUUUUGUUGACAUUGGCGUUGAUGAGGAGGCCCGAGCUGUGUUGUUGGUUGAUGUUCAUCUUCCCGUUGAAUUGUGGUCCGGUUGGCAGUUUCCUAGAUCCAAGACGGUUGCUGGUGCGCUAUUUAGGCAUUUGAGUUGUGAAUGGCAAGAAAGAAGCUCUCUACUUGUUGGAAAAGAUCAUUCUCAAGUUGCAGAUAUGGUUAGGAAGAGCGUGUGGAAUCCCGCAGAAUGUCAUGUCCACAAUUGCAAAUUGCACAAUAGUCCUGGAGGUUCUUCAAAUAGAAGGCUCUUUGAACUUCAUGAAAUAUUUAGAAGCUUACCGAGUAUUCUUAGGUCAUGCAAACCUGAAUAUACGAGAAUACAACCAGAGGAUGAUUAUUCUCAAUCAGGCAUAUGGGACAUAUCAGAUGACGUUCUGAUUAAUAUAAUGAAAGCUCUUCGCCCUUUGGAUCUUAUUAGGGUUGCUUCAACUUGCCACCAUCUGAGAUCCUUAUCUGCAUCAAUCAUGCCAUGCAUGAAACUCAAAUUGUAUCCUCACCAGCAGGCAGCUGUUGAAUGGAUGUUACACCGUGAGCGGAAUGCUGAAGUUUUCUACCAUCCUUUAUAUGUACCUUUUUCAACAGAAGAUGGUUUUUCGUUCCACAUAAAUACCGUUACUGGUGAAAUAGUCACUCUGGGGACCCCAGCUAUCACUGAUUUUCGUGGGGGGCUUUUCUGUGAUGAACCGGGCUUAGGAAAGACAAUAACUGCACUGUCCCUUAUCUUAAAGACUCAGGGAACAUUAGCAGAACCACCACCUGGAGUACAAAUUGUUUGGUGCACACAUAAUGGCAACCGUAAAUGUGGUUACUACGAGGUUAGCAGUAAUAGUAAUACUAGCACCAACAAUUUAUUGGUGAAGGAAGCUGUGGGCUGUAGUUCUCUGAAAGGAAUGGAGGACUUAACAUAUCAUACACCUAAAAGGGCAAGGCUGACGACUUUGGAUGACAGACAUACAGUAACUAAUGAUUCAUGUGCUGGCAAUGAGAUGAUAUCUCCAUCAUCUACAGACUAUGCAAAAGCAGUUCAAAUGGUUCGAUGCACUAGGAGCUUGAGUAGUGUCAAGAGAAAUCUUCUUCUCACGUAUGAAGGAGCAUCUAGCCUUUCCAGACACCUGAAUACUGGUAAAAAGUCAACAAGAACACGGACAAGGAAGUUGGCUGCUGGGGCAAAGAGAGCUGGUGUGUCUAAUGGAUUCACAAACAACUAUGAGGUGUCUGAGACAACCACUGCAGAUAAAUUCGAAUAUAAGGACACAUGGGUGCAGUGUGAUGCUUGUCACAAGUGGCGGAAGCUUUCAGAAACUUCUAUAGCUGAUGCUAGUACAGCUUGGUUUUGUAGUAUGAAUACUGAUCCUUUUUACCAAAGUUGCAGUGUUCCAGAAGAAUCUUAUGACAAGUGCCGUCCAAUUACUAAUAUUCCAGGAUUCUACAGCAAAGACACUUCUGGAGGCGAGGAGAAAAAUAUUUCGUUCUUCACCAGUGUGCUCAAGGAAAACAUGGCACUGAUAAAUUCUGGAACAAAGAGAGCCUUGACUUGGUUAUCUAAUCUAGCUCCUGAAAAAAUUUCAGAAAUGGAAACAACUGGUUUAAGAAGUCCUAUACUAGCAUCUUAUGUGGUUCCUGGUAGUGAUGUCUGUGGUUUUCAUAAGAUGUUCGAAGCAUUUGGUUUAGUAAGAAAAAUGGAAAAAGGCACUAUCAGAUGGUAUUACCCGCAUAAUCUUCACAACUUGGCAUUUGAUGUUGCUGCUCUGAAAACUGCAUUGACUGAGCCACUCGAUUCAGUUCGGUUAUAUUUAUCAAGAGCAACCCUGAUUAUUGUUCCAUCAAAUCUAGUUGAUCACUGGAAGACUCAAAUUCAAAAACAUAUCAGACCUGGUCAGUUACUGGUUUAUGUAUGGACUGAUCAUAGAAAACCAUCUGCACAUUGUCUAGCAUGGGAUUAUGAUGUUAUCAUUACCACAUUUAGUCGGUUAAGUGCAGAAUGGGGGCCACGGAAGAGAAGUAUAUUAAUGCAAGUGCAUUGGCAUAGGGUCAUUUUAGAUGAAGGGCACACCCUUGGCUCUAGUCUUAACUUAACAAACAAGUUGCAAAUGGCUGUUUCUUUGAUAUCUUCAAAUCGCUGGAUAUUAACAGGAACUCCAACUCCUAGCACACCUAAUAGUCAGCUUUCACAUCUUCAACCAUUACUUAGGUUUCUUCAUGAAGAAGCCUAUGGUCAGAAUCAUAAGUCAUGGGAGGCUGGUAUACUUAGACCUUUUGAGGCAGAAAUGGAGGAAGGAAGGUUACUUUUGUUAGACUUACUUCGUAGGUGUAUGAUUAGUGCAAGAAAGACGGACUUACUAUCCAUCCCUCCUUGCAUCAAGAAGGUAAAAUACCUAAAUUUUACAGAAGAGCAUGCUCGAAGUUACAAUGAACUUGUAGUUACAGUGCGGCGUAAUAUAUUGAUGGCUGACUGGAAUGAUCCUUCUCAUAUUGAAAGUUUAUUGAAUCCGAAGCAAUGGAAAUCUCGAAGCACAACAAUCAAGAACAUCAGACUAUCUUGCUGCGUGGCUGGACAUAUUAAAGUCGCAGAAGCUGGUGAAGAUAUUCAGGAAACCAUGGAUAUUCUUGUUGAUGAUGGUCUGGAUCCUAUGUCACAGGAGUAUUCUUUUAUAAAAUAUAAUCUUCUUUAUGGCGGGAACUGUGCUAGGUGUGGGGAAUGGUGUCGUUUACCUGUGAUUGCACCCUGUAGGCAUCUUCUUUGCCUUGAUUGUGUUGCUUUGGAUUGUGAAGGGUGUACCUUUCCUGGCUGUGGUAAAUUAUACGUGAUGCAGACUCCUGAAACCAUAGCACGGCCUGAAAAUCCCAAUCCAAAGUGGCCUGUUCCCAAAGACCUUAUUGAGUUGCAACCAUCAUAUAAGCAAGAUAACUGGGAUCCUGAUUGGCAAUCAACUUCUAGCAGUAAAGUUGCAUAUCUCAUUCAGAGAUUAAAAGCUUUAAGUGAAGCAAAUGAUGAAGCUGCUUUGUUCCCUCCCCCUUCAUUGACUAAAUCUGAUGUACUACUGCAGGAAGUAGACCACUCAAGGAAUAUCACUUCAGAUCAUGAAAUAGUCAGAGACAAAGUUCUUAUUUUCUCUCAAUUUCUUGAGCAUAUUCAUCUCCUUGCCCAGUUAACCAUUGCCGGCAUCAGAUUUGCUGGGAUGUAUAGUCCAAUGCAUGCUAGCAAUAAGAUGAAAUCAUUGGCCACGUUUCAGCAUGAUGCAAGCUGCAUGGUGCUUUUGAUGGAUGGAAGUGCUGCACUGGGUCUUGAUUUGAGCUUUGUAACUUACGUAUUUCUAAUGGAGCCAAUCUGGGACAAAAGCAUGGAGGAACAAGUGAUUAGUCGUGCUCAUCGGAUGGGUGCUACUCGUCCUAUUCAUGUUGAAACCUUAGUAAUGCAUGAAACAAUUGAAGAGCAAAUGGUACAGUUUCUACAGGAUACUGAUGAGUGCAAAAGAUUGAUGAAGGAAGAAUUUAGCAAGCCUGAUUAUGAAGGACCACGUGCUCAUCGUUCAAUGCAUGAUUUUGCUGGGAGCAAUUAUCUUUCUCAGCUCAAGUUUGUGAGGACAAAUCCUAUGAUGGAAAAGGCUGUAGAGAAUAUUUAAUUGUACAGUGCAGUUCUCUGACAUAUCUUAUUGCUGUUACUGUAGACAUUAUGAUAAGAUUGGUAUCACAACUUGAAGGGAAAGAUCGAAGCAAAGGGUCUGCAGUGGCUCAAAUUCUAUUCAUAAAAAUCAAGAAAUAGUUCGUGUAUGUUCAUUAUGUUUCCAGUUCCAAGUUAUUGCUGAAGACUAAAGAAUUCAAUCAGCAUAUUGUUAUUACUUAGGUUUAGAAGAACUUGGAUCUGCAAAAUGUGUAUCAUUCAGUAUAGUCUCCGAUGGGCAGAAAUAUGGAGUGAGCUCCUGGGUGGAUGGAAGAUGCUGACUCUCUUCAUAGCAAACGAAAAGGCAAAGCAUUUUUAUUGUAAUGGGGGGUAGGUCUCAUGAGAUCUACGCAGCUCUAGUUAUCAAAUAAAGCUCGCCAACAGAGUUGUCCGGUAUAGUGAUUCUGAUUCCCUCACAAAUCCAUUCCUGGUCAUAGCAGCAGAUGGCAGGCCAGGUUCGAAUUCAUAUUAGACUUUUAUUUGUUUGAGUUGCUCCCACACACGAUCUUUGGAGGGAAUAUAUCCCCAUUGUACACUAAUUAUCAAUUUUUGUUCUGCUUUUAUAAGUUGGCUAAGCCAUUGAAAUAUUGGCUCAGGUUGUAAUACUGCUGGUGUAAGAAUGAAAGGUGUCCAUAUAUGAGGUAGAAUGUGUCUGCAAAAUUUACCAUUUAAAAAAUCACCAUUUCAAAUUGAUGGAAAUAAAUAUUCUGUAUGUAAAAGAUUGAAAUUAGGGCAAGCAUCCAAGAAAGAUUUGGAUUUGCUUGGAAACAAAAUGGUUCCUGUUCUAGCUGUUUCCCUCCUCACCUGUUGAUUCUUGCUGGAACAUUCUCAGAGGACAUAAUCACAACAGGGGGAAAAGGAGAAUGGAUGCUUCCAUUUCUCUCUCUAACCAAACCCAGAAGCUCCAAAGCCUUGCUUCCAGAAUCCACAGCCGUAACUGUGAAAAGAAAAAAACCAAACCAAACCAAACCAACUGUUUAGAGCCUAAAAUUCAAGCCAUUCUUAGAACCCUAGAGAGAGUGAGAAAGAGAGAGAAGAAGGUUCAAUGGCAGAGUACCAUUGAAGGAGGAAGUUUUGAGCAGCCUUUCAAUCAGCUUCCUGUCAACAAGGCUGUCAUCGACAGCCAAGACAUGGAAUUGAGCAUUAGAAGAGACAAGGGCCAUGGGAAUUGGAGGAAGAAGAAGAAGAAGAAGAAGAAG